AUGGUCCUGGGCGCGGGUCAGUCUGGGUGCACAUGGUCCUGGUGUGGGUCAGUCUGGGUGCACAUGGUCCUGGCGCGGGUCAGUCUGGGUCCACAUGGUCCUGGCGUGGGUCAGUCUGGGUGCACAUGGUCCUGGUGUGGGUCAGUCUGGGUGCACAUGGUCCUGGCGCGGGUCAGUCUGGGUCCACAUGGUCCUGGCGCGGGUCAGUCUGGGUCCACAUGGUCCUGGCGUGGGUCAGUCUGGGUGCACAUGGUCCUGGGCGUGGGUCAGUCUGGGUACACAUGGUCCUGGCGCGGAAGACGAGGCAGCGCUCUCACUGCAUCUGUGGCCACGACUUCCCUGAGGCAGAGUGAAGGACAUGUGGCCACGACUGCCCUGAGGCAGAGUGAAGGACAUGUGGCCACGACUGCCCUGAGGCAGAGUGAAGGACAUGUGGCCACGACUGCCCUAAGGCAGAGUGAAGGACAUGUGGCUGCUCUUGUAAACCUCCUCACCUUCCUUCUCACAUCAGGGCGAGUGUCUUGCCCAAGGACACAACCGUCUGCGGUGGUUGAGGCAAACGCACAGACACCACACUGCAAGGACCCCACGGCCCCGGACCCCGCGGCCCCGGACCCCACGGCCCCGGACCCCAGGCCUCGGACCCCGCGGCCCCGAAGAGGAGAGGAGGAUCUGACCACAGAACUAAUGCCAACGCUGACGACAGCAGACGUCUAA